GAUUCCUCGGUGUGCGUGACCUCGCAGAACACCGGAAGAAGAAGCGGCUGCAGCAGCUCACGUUGUCUGAGCGUCUGGGGCUCGUUAACGAUUGCUCUGUAGAAGAUCAUGGCUGCUUCAAAGCCAGUCGAGCCGCAGUCCGGGGCUGGACUACCCCGAUGGCAGCUGGCACUGUUAAUCGGGACUCCCAUAGUGCUGGGAGUGGGGGCGGUUUACCUCUGGAACCGCAGCAGGACGAAGGAAAGGAAAGGGACCGGGGAGCGGAAAACACCAGAAGGGAGCGCCAGCCCCGUGCAGGGCCAAGACGGUACUCGAACCAACAGAGAGCUUGAAAGCAUGAGCCCCUUGGAUCGGGCCCAAGCAGCAAAGAACAAAGGCAACAAGUACUUCAAGGCUGGCAAGUAUGAGAACGCCAUCCAGUGCUACACAGAGGCCAUUGCUCUCUGCCCCACUGAGCAGAAGGCUGAUAUGUCAACAUUUUACCAGAACAGAGCAGCAGCCUAUGAACAGCAGAUGAAAUGGACGGAAGUCGUACAGGACUGCUCUCACGCUGUGGAGCUGAAUCCACGUUAUGUCAAGGCUCUGUUCAGGAGAGCGAAAGCUCUGGAAAAACUUGACAACAAGAAGGAGUGCCUAGAGGAUGUCACAGCCGUGUGUAUUCUUGAGGCCUUCCAGAACCAACAGAGCAUGCUGCUGGCAGACAAGGUGCUGAAACAGCUGGGGAAAGAGAAGGCCAAAGAGAAGUACAAGAACCGUGAGCCGAUGAUGCCCUCUCCUCAGUUCAUCAAGUCCUACUUUAGCUCGUUCACUGAUGACAUCAUCUCCCAGUCGCUGCAGAAGGGGGAGAAGAAAGAUGAAGACAAGGACAAAGAGGGCGAGGCAGCUGAGGUCACUGAGAGUUCUGGCUACCUGAAGGCAAAGCAGUAUAUGGAGGAGGAGAACUACGACAAGAUCAUCAGUGAAUGCACAAAGGAGAUCGAGUCAGGAGGUCGAUACACUGCCGAGGCCCUGCUGCUGCGCUCCACUUUCUACCUGCUGAUUGGUAAUGCUACUGCUGCUCAACCUGAUUUGGACCAGGUCAUCAACAUGCAGGGUGCCAAUGUGAAGCUACGAGCCAAUGCUUUGAUCAAGCGUGGAAGCAUGUACAUGCAGCAGCAGCAGCCUCUGCUCUCUACACAAGACUUCAACAUGGCAGCUGACAUCGACACAGGCAACCCUGACGUGUAUCACCACAGGGGUCAGCUGAAAAUCCUGUUGGACCAGGUGGAUGAGGCGGUGGGAGACUUUGAUCAGUGCAUCCAUCUCAGACCUGACUCUGCUCUGGCCCAGGCACAGAAAUGCUUCGCUCUUUACAGACAAGCAUAUACUGGGAACAACCCUGCACAAGUCCAGACAGCCAUGGAUGGCUUUGAGGAUGUAAUCAGAAGGUUCCCAGAGUGUGCUGAGGGCUACGCUCUUUAUGCUCAGGCUUUGACAGAUCAGCAGCUGUUUGGAAAAGCAGACGAGAUGUAUGACAAAUGCAUCAAACUGGAACCAGACAACGCCACCACAUAUGUGCACAAAGGUUUGUUACAGCUUCAGUGGAAACAAGACAUCGACUUAGGUCUGGAGCUCAUCAGUAAGGCCAUUGAGAUUGACAACAAAUGUGACUUUGCCUAUGAAACUAUGGGAACCAUUGAAGUUCAGAGGGGCAAUCUGGACAAGGCAAUAGAUAUGUUCAACAAGGCAAUUAACCUAGCCAAGUCAGAAAUGGAGAUGGCCCACUUGUACUCAUUAUGUGAUGCUGCGUACGCCCAGACAGAAGUGGCCAAGAAGUAUGGGCUGAAACCUCCGACACUGUAACUUUUCUGCCAACUGAUCACCAAGCUCAGUCCUCAUUGCUGGGCCCCGCUGUGUCAAAAGUGCAACUGUCUGAUUUACUUUUUUUCCUUCCCCAAAUCAGAGUCCUGGAUUGUGGAAGAAAAAGGGAAGAGCCCUAAAUAUAUACAGUGUUUACAUCACUUUAAGAGGGUUUGUUGUCAUAAAAACAAAAUAAUUGUCCACAAUCAAGCCGAGGCUAUGAUCCUGGCAUCUGGGAUUCUUACUGACAUCCCUUUUCUGGCAUCUAAUUUAACCAGAACAUCAUCAUAAACCCUUUUAUUACUCAGAAUAAAGAGAAUUUGUUGUCUAGAGAGAACAACAUAGUGAAUGGUCUUGGCCCUGUCUAAAUUACUAGGAACUGUGUACAAUGUAGAACUGAAAUAUAUGCAGUCUGUUGAGCCAAUUACUCACUUAAAGGCUUUUGUGAGACUUUUAAAUCUACAGAAAAUACUGUGAGUGCUUCACAUUUUUCUAAUGGGUUGUUCACUUGUUAAUUUAUGCUGGUCUAAAGUGUUCUUGUUUGGGGUUACUUCCAUAUUGUAACAUACAUUAUCAGUUCCAAAUGAGAGAUGGUAGUGUAAUGUCUCUGUUUGUAAUGCUGGAAUUGAUCCCAUGAAUACAGGGCGGCCGUUUUUUUUUUUUAUGUUGGGACUGCCUGUUUUCUUUUAUAUACCUUGUGCAGCAUGUUCACUUUAUAAAUUAAUGUAAAUGCAAUGCUUGUGCUGUCUUGAACACUAGGAAACCCCUAACUUUAAGAUACUUUAGGCAAAGAACUUGAUUGUAAGGAUUUAACCAACUUUGUUUUUAGUUUUGUUGAAUUGCCUCCAUUUUCAUAAUGUCACAAGCGAUUGGAUUUUUUUUUUUUUAUAGAUCACUUUGAGCAACAUGAUUUAUUUUCUAUUUUAUUGUAAAAUGCUUAUUGUGCUAUAUUUGGUUUCAGCUUUUGAUAGAUUUUAUUUUUCCCCUCUCCUUUUCAGAUUAUAUUCUUGUAACCCAGGCCUUAUUGCUUCCAGUUUAUAUGCAGCC